AUGGAGACGAUCGUGCUCGCAGUCAUUGGUCCUCAUGGGGCCGGCAAAACCUCCUUCAUCGAGUCCGUGACGGAGUGCGAGCCCGAGAAUCUGCCUGAAACCCCAGCUCCUAUCGAAUUCCGCGACGGCUGGCUGGAUCUCCAGUUUGCGGCUCUGAACGCCCCCGAAGUCUCCUUGUACCGCUGCAAGCUCGCACCCGACCAGACUCCCUUCAUCCUGGUCGACACCCCAGGCCUCUCCGCCCGGAAGGACAACCUCCCGAACUACAAGAUGAUCGACUUCAUCAAGGGCCGCCUUGACAGCGCGAGCGUUGAGCUGCACGGCGUCAUCUACCUCCAGCGCAGCAUGGAGACGACGGAUGCCGAGUUCGCCAUCCACAACAUCGAGGCUUUCCACGAGGCGUUCGCGUCCGACGAGUUCCGGCACCUCCUCGUGGCGACGACCUUUUGGGACGUCUCGCCCAAAGUCGGCUCCAUGGACCACCUUGAUUACUUUCACAAGGAACUCCGACGGCUAGACGCAUCGACGGGGUUGAAGCUCAAACGCGCGCGGCUGAACAACGACUUCGAGUCGAGCAUUCGUCUCCUUCAAAAAAUCCAGCGGGUGUCGACGUCUCACGCCUUUGGCAGCCGGGAGUCUGGUUAUGGGGCGUCAGCGGACGAGAACGGGAUCUGGGAGCUCACCUUGUCGAAGGGCAAGUGCAGCGUGAUGUGA